AUGGGCAACUCCUGUAGCUCAGGGCAAGCUCAUAAGGACAAGGACAGCAUUUCACAGAAUUCCGAAGAAUAUACUAUAAGUACUAAGUAAAAUCGUAGACCUAAUUGCUGCGCGCGCAGGUCUCCGUCUUACCGGGUGACCAAACCGUCGAUCGACGCGAGUGCAGAGCAACCUGCGCUGGAGUUGCUGGAACCUGCGCCCUUGUUCAAGGACAAGAAGCCGCAACUCAAAGGGCCUAGACCGCCUGUUGGGUCCAGUGUUUCAGAUUCCAUCUCUCUAUCAUCACCUGUUGCUUGUGCGUCACCUCGUGAGGAUGUCGAAGGUCCGCCCGUGCCGGCCAACGUGGCCGCGCUUCCAGAAGAACACCGAUCCUACCUCCUGGGCAGGUUGCCUGGUCAAAGGACGCGACGUCGACGAGUCAUGGUCGUAUACGUUUGCGCGGCGGACUCACAGGACUGUUGUGCUGAGAAGGGCGCGUUGCACUGCGGAGUAGCGACAAGACUGCGCGUUCGCGCGCGCAAACGCGGCUGGCGCGUGCACGUGGCCGACUUGCAUUGGCGGUCUCCGCUGGAACAACAGCGCGACCACCGCUUCCCUGUUCUGUGUAUAACUGAAUUAGCUCGUCAAUCAGAAUUAGGCGCAGUGGUUCCAGUAUUGUUCUUAAACGCAAGCCUGGGAACUCCGCUACUGCCACACACUCUAGAAUGCGCUGAUUUUGAAGCCGCUAUAGAAACGGCCGAAGAUGAGAAUGACAAGACAUUGUUGAACAAAUGGUACAGCCUGGACAGCAGCACGACGCCGCCGUGCUACCGGCUGGUGCGCGGCGCGCCGGCGCGCUGGCGGCGCGAGAUGGCGCGCACGCUCGGCGUGCUCGUGCGCACGCUGCCGCAGGAGGCCUGCGACGCCUACCUCACCACUGUCUUGGAACAGGAGGUGCAGCACACGGUGCUGAUGAGCGGCGAGGCGGCGCGGCGCUGCGUGUGGGUGUGCCGCGCGUGCGCGCCCGAGCCGCCCGACGCCGACGCCGACCACCAGCGCGAGCUGCAGCGCCGCCUCGCCAACUUGCAGAAGGACCUCAAGCUUCAUCUCAGCGAGCGUAAUAUAAUAAGAGGCAGUGUGCGUGGUCGUCCGAAUGGACCUAGUGCUGAUGAGGAGUACGCAACAGGCGUUAAAACAGCUCUUUGUGAACGACUUGAUGCGUUGUUCGACGCCCUCGUAGCAGAUUCGGAGACCCCUGCUGGGUAUUGCGGAAUACCUACCAGUCUGUUCGAUGAAGUGAGUGAGCAUCUCUCGUUUUGCCAAAAAGUGACUCAGUGCACGUCCAACCGAGAAAUCACUCUCAACGAACUCAAAACGUAUGUGCGUGGAGAGAGUUCAGUGCCACUCGCUUUGCUCGGCGGCGCCGGUUGUGGCAAGGCGACGUUGUUGGCUCGAGCGGCGACACUCGCGCACUCUGUACUGCCUGAUGUUGCUCUCAUACUAAGGUUCGUAGGUCUGACGCCGCAGUCGAGCAGCUCUCACCAGCUCCUAAAGUCAAUUGUGGACCAACUGCACGUACUUCACUACGGCACCGUAUAUCGAGGACGUAAUGAGGCGACAACUUUGUCUUCAGCGUUAGCAAGGUUGCUAGAAGCGUUGGGCCGCACUCGGCCAGUGUUACUGUGUAUAGCGGGUGCGGACGCGCUGAGGGGGGCGAGAUGGCUGCCCUCCCGACUACCAGAUAAUGUGAAGAUGAUCGUCACCGUCACUGAAGAAAAAGAUGAACCAUCCAGUUCUGCGAUUAUGGCAGUUCUAUCAUCAGAAGAUGGGCCUAAAGUAAUUCGAGCUCCGCCUGUCGGUCCAGAAGAAGCUAAAGCAGUACUGAUUGCCUGCGCUGCUACUUACAGCAAGACAGGCGCUGCUUCACCGCCUGAGACCGCUAUAAAAGCUGUACAGAAAUGCACUUUGCCGCUUUAUGCUAAAAUCCUAGCGUGGCAAAUAUCUCUAUCAGCGGAGACAUUCACUGAACAGACUGAACCGGAGACUAACCCUGAGCUGGUCAUCUGUGAAGAUUUAGAAGGUCAGCUGGAACAGAUUCUAGUGACUACGGAGGGAGCGCUCGGAGCUGAAAGAGUGAGAGCAUGCCUCUCACUUUUGACAGCUUCUCGGCGAGGGCUGGACGAUACGGAAAUAUUGGAUCUGUUGGCUCAUGAUGAGCUGUUCAGGAGUGAAGAAACGUAUUUACCGUGGGCUCCGGGCGCGCUGCUAUGGCCGCAGUUGAGCGCGCUACUGGCGCCCUGGCUGCGCGGGGACGUUCGCGGCGCCGCGCGCUGGAGAGACGCCGCGCUCGCCGCCGUCGCCGCCGACCGCUACCACGCGCACGUGCUGGCCGCGCGCCAGACGCUCGUCGACUACUAUGAGGGUAAAUGGUUCGUCGAAAACGAUCCAAAGAUGGCUGGUAGAUUGGUAUCACAAGAGAAUAAAUUCUCCGAAGAAUGGUACAAUACCAGAAAGUUUGAUGAACUGCCAUUCCAACAUUAUCAUCUAUUAAAAGAGGAUCCAGAGGCUUUUGCUAAUAAACCAUACUUCACUAAACUCGACUGGAUUCACGAUAAAUUGGCAGCAACUGAUUGCGGCCACUUUCUCGAAGACAUAGCUCUAGUCCACAUCGACCCUCUACCAGAACAUCUAGAAAUGCUGAAAGAGGUUUUCGAAACCCAUUCCUAUGCUCUCGACUAUGACCAUAGGCAGUUUUACGGCCUCCUCAGAACGACUAUGGAAAAGAAACAACGUGAUGGCAUUGAUUUUGAUAGCGACAUCGUCCAGAACUGGUUAAAAGAAGUUUGGGAACCUCCUGUACCAACCUUUUAUCCGGCUAAUGAGGACUUUUGGAAGGUUGUUGAGAAUAGAGAAAAAAGGGAUUUGUCAAUGGUUGAAGGUUUUGAUACUAAGUCCUAUGAUUUGAUUGUGAGAUUUGAUACGAGGGGGAAAUUCGUAGCCACAGUAUCAACGGAGCGAGAGGAAAUCUGUGUGUGGGAUGUUACCAGGUGUAAGCUAGUUAGAAAAAUAGUUGGAGUAACACAUCCAAUCAAUUUAGUUCCAAUAGAUGAAUAUAAAUGCGUGGUUCUCUGCCGUAGAGAGCUAAGGGUUUACGAUUUGGAUCAGGGUAAAUAUGUGGUCGCCUUAAAGGGCGUGAUGAACCAAAAAAUGCCGUACUAUGGCCUCCACGACUCGAAGCACUUGGUCGCACUCUCUCGCAACCGGAUGUACGUCAACCUGAUGAACAUCGAAACUGGAGACUGCGUGACUACAUUCAAAGCCGGUGAAGACCGAUUCCUUAAUUCCCUCCUUGUUUCGGGCGAUGGAAGAAUAUUAGUCUGCGGUGACGAGACUCAGAAGCCGUUUCCGCUGCUGGUAUGGUCUCUAACCUCUCGCAAGCUACUUUACGACCUUCGAAUACCUCACCACGACUUCAUUACCUCAAAAGCGGCGAUUACUUAUGAAGGGUCAUACGUGUGUGUGGUGUCACGUGAGCUGGAUGAACCAAGUCCUAACUUCAUCGUAGUGUACGACUUGCAGUCCGGGACGCUGUUCAAGAAAUGGAAGCCUGGCUGCGACACCGUGGCUCUCGCUAUCAGCUCUGUUGAUGGCUGCGUCGUAUCCGGACUGGCUGAUACCAGGAUCUUAGUUUGGGAUCUAGUUACUGGCAACUGCCGGCUGACGCUGCGCGGGCACGUGGCGGCGCCGUCGCUGCUGCGGCUGGCGCGCGCCGGCGCCGUGCUGCUGUCCUCCGACCUCGGCGCGCGCGACCUGUCCGUGCGCCUGUGGGACCUGCACACCGGUAAGCUAAUAGCAGUCUACACACCGCCGGAAAGAAUAACAUCAUGUGAGGUACUUUUAGGCGGAUCAGUCCUGGCGUUGGCCUUGGAGAACUAUAAGGAGAUCCUCUGCGUGAAACUGUACGGCCCAACGGUGGAAUCUGUGAAGAAUGGCAAGGAAUGCGAAUACGACGACUCAGCCUACGGACAACCAGAACACGAGGGUAAGACCUUUGACGUCAGGGGAAUGGAAAACACUUGAUCGCGACAGGUUAUAACAAAACUCGUUAGCAAUAAUAAGUGGUUACGUGUAAUAAGUGUAAAAUAUAUUAACAUAUUUCAUGCAACAAAA